AUUUAGCCUACAUGUAUUCAUUUGGGGUGACUUGCUUGCAACAUAAGGGUCUUUACUCGCUUUCAGACCUAUGGUUAGUAGAUGGUUCUCCGCCUUCAUCGCGUGUCCUUGGGAACACGUCCAUUGCUUAAAAAGGUUGAACUGCAGAUCGUAGAUAUUUAAGAAAUCUGCUGAGACAGUGCUAAAAAUUCAUUAUACCAAACCUAUAGUUCAUAUUAUAAUUACGGACAGUCUACCUAACCUUGUACGGAUCGGGAGAUCUGGAUGUGUCAAAUCCCCUGCCCCCAUAGGCUACUUUGCUCGCACCGAUAUGUUUACGGUUGCCAGGCAACGUUAGGCUGCCCCACCGUGAAGUAUGCGGAGAAGACACAGCUAGUAGAACAGACACAACACGGCCUUGCACUCAUGCCAGUAAUAUUGCCGUUGAUUUAAAUAUCUGCAUUUUGUACUGAAUAUUAGUUCAGCAACGAGAUGAUAAAAGAAGAUGUCAAACUAUAAAGAACUAAUGAGAGAGGCCAGCACACUCCUCGACGCAUUUCAGCCGUACGAACAAUGCGUGGAGACUUUCAUAGAGGAUGUCUCAACAUUUCUGGAGAAAAAGUAUGAUUCGGAGGAUACGAGUUUUCUUCUGGACAUAGUGUCUGGAUGCAUAGAACAGAAGAAGGUUCUUGAUGUUGUGGUUAAUACUUUCUAUGAUCAUCAUGGGAAGCUUGAGCUGAAAGCUGACCAUAAUCAGUUUUCAGUUGUUUGCUACAUCGCCAUAUUCCUUCUUGAGGAUAUUGGAUUGCAGCGCUUCAGUAAGAUCAUCAAGUCUCAAGACAUCUCGAAGAUGCACAAAUUCCUCAGUUUCCUCUUCAGAAUCUCCAACCUCACCACCUGGAUCCAGGGCGAGUGGAGUCUGAUCUAUGAUGCUGCUUACGUGGAGCAGAACUGGAUCGGCCCUUUGCUCAGGUGGAGCCCUAGGGUCGAGGAGCUGCUUGAACAGCUGUCCCGCAGAAUGUCCAGUGGCAGCCUGCCAAAGAAAGCCCCGGCCUCUCACACGCAGCCAAAGGAGUUCGCCCUGACUAAACCUAAGCCCCGCUCUCUUCCUAUCCCCGAGCCAAUCCCCGCGCAGCAGAAGCACCAGCCAGUGAAGCCCAACAUCUUUAAACCCCCCAAAGAGCAACAGCUUCUGGAGGAGCUCCGUCAAAAGAACCGACAGAAAGCUCAGCGGGUCCUGUAUGAGGCCAACACGCAGCAGUUCAAGUGCGCCAAGCCCCAGAAGUCUGAGAAAACCACGAAGGCACUCUCAGAGAUAAAACAGGCUCAGGAUGCUGAACUGAAGUUUGAUGCUGUUUUCACCUCUGGUACUCCAUCUACUCAUAAGGUGAACAGCCUGCCCAUUAGAUUGAACACUACCACCAUCCUGCGAGAGGGGGCGCUCUACAACAAGCAGCUAGAGGGGGAAGUUCGCAGGCUGGAGCGCGUGGCGGAGGGCGCUAGCGAGCCGUCGGGGUUCCUGCAGUGGCAGCAGCAGAUGCGUGAGAGGGACGAGCGGGAGCAGCACCACCUGCAGGAACAGCGCCACCUGGAGGGCAAGAUCAGCCACGUGGAGGCCGCCCUCGCACGCACACGCAUCACCCACAGCAACCAGCAGAGGGCGCAACUCAAGAAGGAGGAGACAGCAGAGCUGAUGCGUGGGUACGCUGCCAGGCGUCUGCAGGAGGAGCGGGGCAUGAAGGAGCUGGUGGAGCAGGUGGGCGAGGGGCACAAGAACUCCAGAGUGGCCAGAGCCAAACUGCACGACUUCAAACAGAGAGUUGUGCGAGAAGUGUGUGAGCAGAGUCGUGAGCUGCUGGCCCGGGCUCUGGACGAGGCUCAAGAGGAGAUGAGCAGGAAGCUGGAGCUGAUUGGUCAGAUCCGCGCCAUCGAGUCCAUCCCCCGCACCCAGCCCAAGCUCCUGGACGACACCGAGACGGCGGGCCAUGCUCUAUUGGGAGAGAUGUCUCUGGCGGAGCUGCGUGAGCGCCUGUGUGUGCUGCGUGCAGCUCAGGAGCGCCACCUUCAGGACCGGAAGGAGCACAUCCAGCAGGAGAAGAAGGACAGAGAGCAGCUGCUCCUGGACCAGCUGGACAACAUCGCCACCUACAGGACAGCCAUGGAACUGGCAGCCGAACACAGGCAGGAGGAGCGUGUGUGUCGGCCGUCUCCGCGUGAGCUGCUUCAGGAGGACGAGAGGCUGCAGGCCCUACGCCACACACUCCAGGAGAAACAGCAGCAGAGGCAGCAGCUCACACACACACACACACACAAGCACACACAGCACGCCCACAAGCACACCAACACACACACUCUGAAGCAGUGGGACCAGAGGAAGAAGGCUCUAGAGGAUCAUCAGUGGGAGGAGCUGGAGAAGAGAUUACAGAAGAGCGUCCACCAGGGGGCGCCAAACACCGUCUGACACGUUUAGUCUGUGUGUGUGUGUGUGUGGUGUGUGUUGUCUGUGUGUCUGUGU